AGAAAAAAAAAUAUGUAGUUCUACUUUGUAGAUUUUCAAUCUAGCCCCUUUUCGAAGCCAGACUUACGACAGGCAGAGAGAGAGAGGGGAGCUUAGAAGGGGAAGAGCAAACCCUAACGUUUUCAUCCGAUGAUUAUUGAUUUCGAGAUCUUAAUUCGUCAAUCAAGAAAGGGGCUGGUUGUGUUUUAGAAAUGGCAAAUUCCAAGGGAUCAUCAAACAUCAGAAAUUUGAUGUACUCUGGAAAGCACGCUUUACUCCCGCCUAAAAGUCCUUUUCCUAGUGUUUCCCCGUCAUAUGUUGAUUAUGUCCCUAGCAAUGUAAUAGGAUCAAAAGCUGUUCAAAGGACUAGGGAGCCAAGUCCACAGCACCAAAGAACUUCUUCUGAGACCCUCUUCACUGAAGAGCAACCUUCUUGGCUUGAUGAUCUACUUAAUGAGCCAGAGUCACCUAUUCGCAGAGGAGGUCAUAGGCGUUCAUCAAGCGACUCCUUUGCAUAUGUAGAUGUAGCUAAUGCUUCUAAUAUAGAUUAUGCAGCACAGGACCAAUACAAAUUUAAAAAUAUGAUGUCUAUACCUUCUUGGGGUUCUCAAGACUUUGGUUAUCACAAAGGUACUCGCCUUUCUUCUCUCUAUGGUGACUUGAACUUGACAAAGCAGAAGAAUAGGGCAUGGGAACCGUCAAUGAAUACUGUGGCUCGCUCAACCGGACUUCCUGCUAUGAGGGAAAAUAUUUAUCUUCAGAAUUCAGGAUCAUCUUGUUCACCACCGGAAGUGGAUGGGGUUGCAUCUUCCACAAAUGAAAAGCAGGAUCUUACAGAAUCCGCUGCACCUGACCCCAAAGCUUUGACCGAGAAAAAGGACAGUCAUGCUAAGCCUUCCACAUCUGAGACAGACACAAAACGUGCUAAACAGCAAUUCGCUCAACGUUCGCGAGUUCGUAAGCUUCAAUACAUAGCUGAGCUAGAAAGGAAUGUACAAGCUUUACAGGUUGAAGGAUCUGAAGUAUCAGCUGAACUCGAAUUUCUCAACCAGCGGAAUCUUAUUCUGGGCAUGGAGAACAAAGCCCUGAAGCAACGUUUAGAAAAUCUAGCUCAGGAGCAGCUUAUCAAAUACUUGGAACGGGAAGUGUUGGAGAGGGAGAUUGGAAGGCUGCAAGCCUUGCAUCAGCAACAGCAACAGCAUCAGCAUCAGCAUCAACAGCAGCCAUCAUCUAGUCAUCGGCGCUCUAAGAGCAGGGACCUUGAUUCCCAAUUUGCUAAUCUCUCAUUGAAACAUAAAGAUGCCAGUUCUGGACGUGAUCCUGUGACUGGUCCACUCCCCACUCAGAUAUGAGUUCUAUUUGGAGUUUGUUGUACCUACUACAUUGCUUCAAUUGGUGCAUGCCACGGUUUCAAUGUUUUUCCCUCCAAUGGGAUCAAACCAGGGUCUUCAAGUCUUGAUACCCUCCCUCUACCCAUGAUUUCAGAUUUCUCUGUUCUUUUGUUUCCUGCCCCUUUCUUUUCGAUAAAUUCAGUUAACAUUUUCAUGUGCACCUGGUAGUCGUCUCCGGAAGAUAAUACUCCAGGCAUACGACUCACCGGAGGUGGUAAUCUUUGGGCAUUUCUUGUAUGGUUCAGUCGUGAUUCAGGAAAUUAACCAAACCCAUUUCGACUUCAUGAGACAUCCAAUUUGUGUAAUCAAGCUUAAAGUUUGCUAGGGCAGUUUGGAGCAGCAUUACCUGUAGCACAUUCUGAUGAGAGAGUGGUUUCAUGUAAAGUAUGUUCAAUGUAAUCCAACCUCUACAUUGAGUCUAUGAUUUGCUAUGAUGGGCAGAUUGGUUUAUUGGUCUUAAAUUGGUUUACAAAUUUCACCGUUUGGCCGUGUGCCUUGUGAUUUUAUUAGUUUUCCUUACCAUA